AGUAAUAGUAAUAAACAAUUCCAAACUCUAUCAGUCUGCAAUCUCCCUGUAUAGCUGACUCACUUUUCCUCAAAUUUGUUCGUCAACUUCAAUUAUAUCAAAUUGCUAUCAUCAAGCAUAUUACAAUUGUAGACCCAUCGUUUUGUACUGCGCUAGCAUUCUUGGGAAGGAGGCGAUGGAGAAAAAGGGUGGACUUAAGUUAAAUAUCGGCAUCAUUCAUCCGGAUCUCGGAAUUGGUGGAGCUGAAAGGUUAAUUGUUGACGCUGCCGUAGAACUCGCAUCCCAUGGCCAUAACGUUCAUAUUUUUACUGCACACCAUGAUAAAAAUCGAUGUUUUGAGGAGACUCUUUCUGGUAGUUUUCCCGUUACAGUAUAUGGUUCUUUCCUGCCCCGACAUAUCUUCCAGCAUUUUCAUGCAUUGUGCGCAUAUCUUCGCUGCAUAUUCGUUGCCCUGUGCAUGUUAUUUAUGUGGAAAUCCUUUGACGUAGUACUCGUCGAUCAAGUCUCUGUUGUCAUUCCACUGAUGAAGUUAAAAAGGUCGUCAAAGGUUGUAUUUUAUUGCCAUUUUCCCGAUUUGCUGUUAGCUCAACAUACAACUUCUCUGAGGAGGGUAUAUCGGAAGCCUAUAGACUUUGUAGAGGAAGUAACAACAGGAAUGGCAGAUUUGAUUUUGGUUAACAGCAAGUUUACUGCAACAACUUUUGCAAAGACCUUCAAAAAUCUUGAUUCGCAAGCAGUUAGACCAGCUGUGCUAUAUCCAGCAGUUAAUGUGGAACAGUUCAAUAAACCCAAUGCUUUCAAGUUGAAUUUUCUUUCCAUCAAUCGAUUUGAAAGGAAAAAGAACAUAGACUUGGCUGUUUCUGCAUUUUCAAUUCUUUGCAAAGAUGAAAGGAAUCUUCUUCAAGGACGUAACUUGGCUGAUGCUACCUUGACCAUUGUAGGUGGCUUUGACAGACGCCUAAAAGAGAAUGUUGAAUACCUGGAGGAGCUUAAAGUAUUGGCCGAUAGAGAGGGUGUGUCUGACCGUGUUAAAUUUAUCACAUCUUGUUCUACAUCAGAAAGGAACGUAUUUCUCUCCGACUGCCUGUGUGUUCUUUAUACACCCAAGGAUGAACACUUUGGGAUUGUCCCCCUUGAGGCAAUGGCAGCGCAAAAGCCAGUCAUUGCUUGUAACAGCGGGGGCCCUGUUGAGACAAUCAAGGAUGGUAUUACUGGGUUCCUCUGUGACCCUAAUCCAGGAGCCUUCUCUUUCGCGAUGGGCAAAUUUAUUACGGAAGCACAGUUAGCAGAAAGUAUGGGUAAAGAAGCCCGGCGGCAUGUUGAAGAGUCAUUUUCUACCAAAAUAUUUGGCCAGAAUUUGAAUGGGUAUCUUGUUGAUAUAGUUCGAGAAAAGAUUGAUUGAAUUGUCUACUAAACAGCAUGAACAUAGAUGCGAAACUCAGGUACCUUUCUGGGUUAAAGAACAUUCUGUAAUUUUUUAUCCAAAGCAAAAUAGCUAUAUACCUCCUGUAGCAAAGCUAAUAUGUAAGACAUUAGAAAGCUGACAUCUUAAUCUUACUAAUAUACUACUUAUAGUUGUUUU